CAAAUUUAAAAAUAUAAAAUUCUUAUUUUAUUACUUUCUUAUAUUGUUGUUUUAGUUUUUUUUAUCCAACCAAACUAACUCAAGACUCAAGAGUGCAAUCUUCUUUCGCGAUGUUCGUCUUCUAAAAUCGUCUGUAAUCAGUAUUCCCUACCAUCAUCUCCUCGGCGAGAAAUGGCAGCUAUCAGUCUUUCUCCCCUCUUCAAAACCCUAAUUCCCCAAUUCUCCCGCUCCGAAAACCCUCCUAAAGUCCCCCCGACAUUGCAAUCUCUUUCGCUCCCCCUUCUCCCCAGUUCCCUCUCGCCGCCACUCGUCCCCUGCACCCUCAAACCCCGAGUCGGAUCGGGAAUUCAUCCCCCGAGAGCCGCCGGAAAUGGGGAGUAUUCGGUGAGGAGAAGCGUCAAGGAUGAAAGGGAGACUAUUAUGCUUCCUGGGUGUGACUACAAGCACUGGCUUGUUGUGUUGGAGUUCCCCAAGGACCCUUCCCCCACUCGAGACCAGAUGAUUGACACUUACCUCAACACUCUCGCCACUGUUCUUGGAAGUAUGGAAGAAGCAAAGAAGAACAUGUAUGCCUUCAGUACAACGACUUAUACAGGAUUCCAAUGCACGGUAUCUGAAGAAACAUCUGAAAAGUUUAAAGGAUUACCUGGAGUGUUGUGGGUUUUACCUGAUUCUUACAUUGAUGUCAAAAACAAGGACUAUGGAGGGGAUAAGUACAUCAAUGGAGAGAUAAUCCCUUGCAAGUACCCUACAUAUCAAUCAAAGCAAUCUGGUCCCUCAAAAUCAAGGAGCAAAGCAUAUGUGAGAAAAAGGGACGGCCCUCUUCCUGAACGCCAAAAACAGGAAUCCAACCCCAAAUCUUCCUUGUAGAAGCAUAAUGGUUUAUUUAAUUAUCUGGUUAGGAGACGUGUUGCUUUUGUUUGAACAUGGCAAGCAGGGUGUUCUCUAGACAUGGAGGAAAAAUAGGUUGAGAUACUUUCUCAAACCCAAAUACCACAAAGAAGAGAAGUUAACACUUGGAGACAUAGCAUUGUUGAAGCUAUGUGUGCUCAUUGGCAAUAAAAUGAUGCUAAUGAGCAUCAAAUGAAUGAGGAGAAUCACGAGGGUUUUGAUGAUAAUGAAGUUAAAAUGGAAGACUAUGUUUAAUAAUUUUAUUUUAAAACUAUCUUUGGAUUUGGGAUAAUGUGUUCUUUUUGUUGUCUCUAGAAUUUCAUUGAUGGAUUUUGACAUACAUCAAAGAUUGUUUGAAGAUAAUAAUGCUUUUUUUUGCAA